AUGGUUGAUUUGGUUAAGUUGCCUAAGGCGCUUGGAGUUAGUGCGGCUGCUGAGAAUAUGGUCGAGGAAAUGGUGAUCGUUAAAGAAGUUGUCAAGGCUAAGUUAAAGGCUAUUGUGCAGAAGAAUAAAGAUGCUGCUAACAAACGCAGAAGAGUCAAAGUUUUCAAUGUAGGAGACGAUAUGAUGGUGUUUCUGCGCAAAGAGAGGUUCCUAGGUACUUACAACAAGCUGCAGCCACGCAAAUAUGGUUCAUUCAAAGUUACUCGAAAGAUCAAUGAUAAAGCUUAUGUAAUAGCUUUUCCAGAUGCCACAAAUAUAUCUAAUACCUUUAACAUUGUUGACAUUCAUGAGUAUCAAACAUAUAAAACUCUUUAUCUAGAAGAGAAUUCAGGGUCGACUUCUUCAGAGGUGGAAGAGACUGAUGUAGGAAGGUUGGCCGCGCGUAUCGAAGGAGAAAUCGCCCGUUGA